UGUGUGUAAAGGUUACAUACAAUUUUCUUUGUUAAUUAUGAUGUCAUAAAUUCUUUUUUCUACUGAAAGGAUAUUUUUUCGAGCUUUCUUGAACAAAAAAAUACUUUAUCAUGUCUCAGAAUUUCGUCGUUGUGUUUGUAUCGUUAUUUGCCUGGAUUUGUGUGUCAUUUUCUAUUGCAAAAAAUUCAAGUCCCACGGGGCAAGAUCCGCCGCCAUUUGUAAACCCAUUUAAUCAGGGGAACUCACUCUUCGAGACGCCAUACUCAGGGUCAAUCAGUGCUAUGGAAGGGGGCGGCGGGGGCGGGGGGUUCAUGCAGAGCAUGAUGGGAAUGACUGGUGGGGGCGGAAGAAAUGGGCUGCCGUCCAUGUUUAUGAAGAACGGAAAACUUCACAUGGGUCAACAACAGUGUCUAAAAAAUAUCGUAUGUCCACAGUAUUGUCACGAGAUCGACCAAAAUGGCUGCGAGACGUGCCCAUGUGGGCCAGCCAAUGGUAUGCAAGCAUCAGGUCACGUGGAACAAAAGCAACAGAAGGAUAAGCAACAGGGGGAGGAAGAUAAGGAUAAGCAGUGUAUCCACACCCUGAUCUGCAUGUUGUCGUGUAAGGAGGGGUACGAGCUGGGCAAGAAAGGACAGGACGGGUGUCAGACCUGUAAAUGUGUCAAGAAAGAUGAUAACAAAAACACACCUAAACAGACGGGACAAAUUGGAACAGAAAUGAUGAAGAACGGAACUGGAAAUAAGAAUCCGGGAAGUGGUUCCGGAAAUGGUGCUGGAAGUGGGUCAUCCGGGUUAGGGUCUGGAGGUCAAGGUCCAUUUGGGGGAGCAGCUGGGAGUGAAUCAGGUUCUGGAUUUAAUCCGAUGUUUCCUGGAGCAGGAAUGGGAUCGGGAUCGGGAUCAGCAAGUGGGGCUGGUAUGCCGAGUCCAUUUGGCGGCGGAGGAACUUCCGGUGGGAUGGUUAUGAGUCCGUUUGGACUGGCCGCGGGCGGAGAUGGAAAGCCAGGGAGAGACUGUUUUGGACCAGAGUGUUCAGCCAAAAAUGGUAUGAAACUGCUCGGUGAAGUCAAACCAAAGGAAGAAGAUUGUCAAUCUACUACUCUGUGUGUAAAGACUUGUAAACACGAUCUCAAAUUAGGACCGAAAGGAAGUGACGGAUGUCCUUCAUGCGCAUGCGUGAAAUCAGACAUCAGAACGACGUCUACACCUGGACAUGAAGUUUGCGAUCGAUUACUUACUUGUAUGAUGGGAUGUACAGAGGGGUAUGUGCUGGGUGCUGCAGACGAAUCAGGGUGUCCACCUUGCUCUUGCAAAUCAAAUCCACCUAUCACUACUCCUGCUCCAGUCACACAGUCUUCCUGUCAGAGGAUUAUGGAACUUUGUGAAAGAAACUGUCGCUAUGGUUACCAGCUCAUUCCAGCCUCCACGAUAGGAGAGUGUGCCAGUUGUUUAUGCCAGCCAGCACCAACACAACCUGUCGUUACCAAAAAAGUAGUGGUUGUACAACAGCAUUCCUGUCAGGAUAAUGUUGUGAGGUGUAUGACCAACUGUCGCUAUGGUUACCUACUCAAGGGCACCGGAAGUAAACAAUGCCCUCUAUGUCAAUGUCUUCCACCGCCACGAAGCACAGAAAGUUCAAUGAUCGCAACAACAACCAGUAAACCAAACGUCUACAGCAUCCUGAGGAAUUGUCCGGAAACCGUUCAUUGUAUGGUAAAUUGUGGGACCGGAUACUCUAUCCAAAGUAUUGCUGGACAGGAAUGCCCUCGUUGCACAUGUCAUACAGUUGCUGUUCAGACACUUGUUUGUACAACGGCUCUGUCCUGUCCCCGGGGCUGUGUGUUAGGCUAUAAAAAUGGAGGUAGUGGAUGUCCCACUUGCUCAUGUGUAAUUCCAUCAGAGGUGGGCUUAGCGACUCACAGCGCCAUCUAUGUUGAAUCCUCAAUCCGCUGUAAUGCCCACUUUUCCUGCUCCGAACGAUGUGAAUUCGGUUACAGAAGUGGAGAUAACUCUUGCCCGACGUGUCAAUGUUUGGUUCCGGUUAAAGUUGCAUCACAAUCCAUUUCAUCUCACGGCUGCACAAAUGAAGGUUGUCAACAUCAUAAUGUCCCAUCCGGGGUAGUUGAACAUGUGAUAGUACCUCAUCACCAAUCAGGAUCUCAUGCUGUUCCUUUAGGACACGUGAUAACGAACCACCAAUCAGGAUCGUCAGUUCAGAUCACGCAUGUAGCUGGUUCUCAUGGUGAGAUCAGUUCGCAAAACACCAUAUCAAUGUUAGUACGGUACUGCACAAAUGUUGCUCACUGUGUAAAGAGCUGUCCAAAAGGAUUCUCCCUGACUGGCACCGAGGCAGGAAAAUGUCCAGCCUGUACAUGUACAUCCGGCACUCUAACACAUCUAACAGAAACGAAAUUGUCCACAGCAGCACCUGUUGUACAUCCUUUAGUGGUGCAUGUAAAACCAACAGCUCUUGUGCCUCAGACUCACAGGCCUGACAUCCAUACGAUGUGUCCAGAAACGUUCCGAUGUGGGGAGAAAUGUGGCGGCGGAUUUACAUUGAAAAAUGAACCGGGGAACACUUGUCCAACAUGUUACUGUAUUGCAGGCAGUAUAGAAAGCACAGAUUCACCACAGGUAAUCCCCUCGGAACACUCCGGAAGUCAUACAAACAUAAAUACAGGAAGUGUUGUUCCGAAUGUUAUUCCUGUUGGAAUAAGUGCUCACGGUUCCCAAUCGCUGGUUGAAACAGGAAUUCAGAACGGAGCUCAAACAUCCGGGACUAUUAAUACCGGAUAUCAAGGCGUUCCUUCGGGACCCGGAGUUCAUUUUAACAUUUUGCACGGCCCUGGUGGAAAUAUCUUAAAUGGCCCUGACAAACCACAUAACGUCCACGAGCCUCCACCACUUACUGGUGCGCAUGCGCAUUUUUCGAAUCAAAAUUGCGUUGGACCAGCGUGUUCAGCCAAAAACGGAUUUCAUAAGAGUUACACAAUGACGUCAUCCAUCAAACAUACCCCACCCAAUCAAUGUGCUGGAAUUAUUCACUGCGUGCUCACCUGUCGUGCUGGAUACAGACUAACGGACAAAGACGAGCACGGGUGUCCGGGAUGUGAAUGUCUUCCUGAUGAAUGAAUUAUUCUGUUUUGAAUCUUUUUUCCAUUACAAUUUUAAAAAUUUUACAUGUAGAAAUAACUUUUCCAUUUUCCGUUUGACUCUGAUUCUGUUUAUAUUAAUUGUGUGACAUUA